AUGAACUUCAGUUUUGUCUACGGCUACAUUUUUCUGUCGUUUUUCUUCUUAUCGUGCAAUGCCUACAAAAUAGGAGCAAUAUUCCGAGAACGAGAAGAUGCACACCUGGAAGCAGCACUCCGCUACACAGUUGAAUGGCUAUCACAGCGUGGGAUCUAUGGAGACAUAGAUCUUGUUAUAGAGUAUAUUGAUGUUUUGGAUCACUAUGACGCUAUCAAAAAAGCCUGUAAAAUGCUGGAGAAAGAUCAUAUAGUGGCACUACUCGGCGGGUCUCACGGCGCUCUAAAUGCUCAACUGGAGAGGAUUACUGAUGAUUUGGACAUCCCAUUCCUCACUGCAAUAGAUGAUUUGCGAACGGACAUGGGAAAGUCAAAAAUCGAUUUCUGGCCACGUCCUCAACUUUUCGAAGCAGUGGUAGAUAUGUUUACUCAUUGGAAGUGGAAUCGUGUAGUGCUCGUUUAUGAGGAUGAUGAAAGAAUUCGAAGAUUGGAGCAACUUUUAGAAAGUGAGGAAUAUGCAUCUAUCCGUUUUUAUCUCAUAAAAGUGCAUAAUGGAGACUACAUGAGAGCCGCGCGCCAAGUGAAAGAACUCGAAGAAUGUCGCCUGCUUCAUAGAAAAGAUUGCUCAGAGUUCAGCCGCCUUCUAGUAGACAUGAAUCCAGAACACACUUACAACUUUCUCCUAGCCUCUCUUCAAAUGGGACUCAUCGAGCUGAAGCACUGGUUUUUGCUCACCAACAUGGAGUUGUCCACCAUGGACAUGGAGCUUUUCCGUUAUAAUCACGCCCGUUUCAUAUCUCCAUACCCUGUUGACUCGACUUUUUUGACUGAGAAUCGCGACGCGUUCAACUUCUCGCACUUCAAAGAGCACGUCUCCGAGAAGUGGGCAAUGAAAACCGACAACAGCCGGAAUUUGAAGAUGAUGGAAGCCGUCUUCACUUUUGACGCCGUCUACGCAUUCGCCAAUGUGUUCAACGAGCUGUCAAGUCAUAUGCAAAUGAAUGAUGUGCCGCAGACGUUGUGUCGGAAGUCGACGAGGAAUUCAAGGAAGUAUCAACAUGGAAGAUCGUUGAUUGACAAUAUUGUACAUAAUGAUCUACACGGACUAUCUGGAGAUUUGAGAAGAUUGAAUGGGCACCCUUUGAAGAGCAAUUUCUCGAUGAGGAUUCACUUAUUGGGUUAUAGUGGGAGAUUGGAUGAUAAGAAAAAUGACGGCAUUGGCUUCUGGGAGCCAGCCACUAACGUGCAUGUGAAUAUGUCCGGGGACUCCAAGGCUCAACUUCAACGGAACGUUCAAGUAUCCGAUGAACUAAAACCCCAUUUCCGUGUCACCACAAUUAUGGAAAGACCUUAUGUGAUGCUCAAAAAGAACCAUUAUGAGCUUGACUCGAAUUCCAAGUUCGAAGGAUUUUGUAUAGAUCUACUCGCCGAGUUAUCCAAGGAUCUAGGAUUCACCUAUACUAUUCAUGCGGUUAAAGAUGGAAAAUAUGGGAAUGACAAGUAUGGAAAUGGGUCGUGGGAUGGAAUGAUUGGAGAGAUUCUUCGUGGUGAAGCUGAAAUGGCAGUGGCUCCAUUGACCGUGAAUUAUAGAAGAUCUGAGGCUGUAGACUUUACGAAACCCUUUUUAUCUCUUGGAAUUAGUAUACUUUAUAAAGUUCCUGAUGAUCAACAACCCGAUUUGUUCUCGUUUUUAAACCCGUUAUCCUGGCAAAUUUGGACAGCAAUCGCAACUUCUAUCAUUACCGUAACACUUGGAAUGUACUUUGUCGCCAAUGUCACUCCAUACGAAUGGAAUUUGAAUUUUUCUUGCUGUACUGCCCAUGAACCUCAUCCAGCAGCAGCCUUCGCUACAAGCCAGGAAGCUCCAAUCGUAAUGUCCAACAACUAUAGUUUUUGGAAUACAGUAUGGUACGUGUUGAGUACAAUGUUAAAAGGUGGAUGUGACUUUGGACCGAGAGCGGUUUCCACUAGACUUCUUGGAGGUAAGCUCAAUCUUUUUUUUCUCAUAAUUUCCUUAUGUUUAGGUACCUGGUGGGUAUUCUAUCUCGUUAUUAUAUCCGCCUACACCGCUAACUUGGCUGCCGUUCUGACCGUAUCCCGUCCCUACAUCCCUAUUAAGAACCUGGACGAUUUGGCAAACCAAACCACAAUAUCGUAUGGAACGAUUCGAGGUGGAUCCACGAUGCAAUUCUUUCAAGAGUCUCGAAUUGCGGCACAUGUGAAGAUGUGGGAGUAUAUGAAGGAUAAGGAUGUGUUUGUCACCAGCAACGGAAAAGGUGUCGAGAGAGCGUUGAGCAUGAACUAUGCAUAUUUAAUGGAGUCCACAUCAUUGGAAUAUGAGACACAGCAGAAUUGUAAUCUCACACAAAUUGGUGGUGUUCUAGGCUCCAAGGGUUAUGGAAUAGCAUUGGCUAAAAAAUCCGACUGGACCGACAGAAUCUCUCGUCAAAUUCUCCUCUACGCCAAACGCGGAAUAAUUGAAAUGAAAAAGACCAAGUGGUGGAGAAGCAAAGGAGCGGCAUGUACGAGCACCGCGUCGGCUGUCAAGCAUGACCGAUUCGCACUCAGCAUGUACAAUGUGGCCGGACUCUUCAUAACUUUGGGGGUCGGAAUUGUUUUGGCGGUGAUUGUGGUCAUAUUUGAGCUCUUGUAUCGGUGUCAUCACAUUUCGAAGAAAGAGGGAAAACCGUUCCUGGAGGAAUUGUGCUAUGAAUUGAAGUUUGCAAUGAACAUGACCUCGCUCUCCGAUCACCGAUCUCGCCAGAAAAUGUCUAUGUGUAUGAACAACGGAAAUGGGAAACCAAACCAUUUGAAUGAGAAUGGAAAGUGUUGCCGCCAAUAUGAUGAUCUGGAAGAGGGGAUUGUCUCCGAUUCGUCGGGUCGAAAAGUGAAGAGCCAGGAUUCCGAAGCUGUCGUUUCAUCUGCACCUGUUGCCGAUCCUGAUCCAGUCGCCACCGAUUUAAAAUCUCCUCUGAACCAUCCUCAAGUCAGCUCUCCAUCCUUUCCACAAUCUCCACCAAUAGCGAUGGUCACACCUCCAUACUACGAGCCAAAGAAGGAAUUCAAAAAGUGUCACCGAUCGGUUUGUGACGAAUCGAAUCCUAACCACUCCCGCCUAUGCCCUCGACAUCUACCGUAUACCGAAUACGUUCAUCAGACUGAAUUCAAAAAAUCGCAUAGAUCUGUGAGAAAGAAGAGUGAGAGAUCUCAAAAGAACCGGAGUGACGAAGACAACUCGACACCACCCGAUUCUCAAUAUUCCACCAAGUCCAAAAAGUCUUCUAAGACGUCGAUGAAGAGCUCCAGAAGAUCAGACCGCAGUUCAAAAAUGGAACGGACUCAAACAGAAGAAGACACAGUGAAAACGGAUAAAAGUUCGAAGCGUUCCAAAACUGUGUACACUGAUAACACAGAAACCAGCAAAGUCAGCAAAGUCUCCAGCCGAAAGUGA